AUGGACAGCGGAUGGACAGCGGAUGGACGCCUGGAGGGUCCGGAUGGCGAGCGUCCCGAGUACCGAACGGCGUAUGCUUGCGAGGGUUCUACUCUGAGCCUGGAAUGCGAAGCCGGCCACGUGAUUCACCUCAUCCGUGCUAAUUACGGCCGGUUCUCCAUUGCCGUCUGCAACGACCACGGGAACACCGAUUGGAGCGUUUCCUGUACUUCCCCGAGAUCUCUCAACAUUCUUAACGAAAGGUGUGGGAGCGUGUCGGAAUGCACGCUACACGUGAGUAGUGAGAUCUUUGGAGACCCCUGUCCCGGGACCCACAAAUACAUCGAGGUGCACUUCUCCUGUGCUGUCGCCGUGCCAACGACACCGACGAGCCGUCCGCGGCCACCCCUCUUCCUCACGCCCAAGUGGUUGAGUCAGACCCCCACGAGUACGAGUGCGAGUACUAGUUCGAGUACGAGUACGAGCACGAGCGCGAGCACGAGCGCGAGCACGACGACCACCACAACCACAACCACGUCGACGACCACCAGCACCACCCCCACCCCAUCGCCAUCGGCCGCCGAUGAGCGUCCCCCGGCCACUACGCCCCACGGGGCUCUCAUGAGCAACGACAUCCAGGAGGUGUUGUCGUUGGAUGGGGACAUCCCACAGGAGGAGGUGACGACCCUUCGUUAUGAGGUUCACGAGAUCCCGGAGGACUCUGACGACAAGUUUAAUGAAUGGACCGAGGGAGCUGAGGGGGCAGAGGACGAUGAGCUGCUUCCAGAAAUGCCAUCUCCAUCGUCUUCCUCUUCCUCGACGCUGAGUUACGAGGACGUCUCCCUGUUGGAGGGAUCUUGUGCCCCGAGAGAGGCAAGGAAUCUCUCGUGGAACUGGACGGUGGACGGAAAGACGGCCGCUCAGCCGUGUCCCGGUGGGGCGACCGGAUUGGCCAAAUGGCACUGCCAACAUGGCACGUGGUCGCCGGAAUCCCCCGAUCUCAGCCUGUGCAAGUCUCUCUGGCUCACCAGUCUUCAGGCCAGAUUGACGGAGGGAGAGUCGGCUUCGAGCGUGGCGAACGACCUGGCUCAGGUCACCCUGAGUAAAGGCCUAUACGGAGGAGACACCCUGGCCAGCACGGGGCUCAUCCGGGAUCUGGCACAGUCUCUCGUCGCCUCUGAUUCACCUCAGGUUUCUGAGGUCUUGGCAGCCGUGGUGAAGGCCGGAUCUCAUCUGUUGGGAAAAGCCCAGCGAUUGUCAUGGUUUGACCUCAGCCUGGCCCAGCAAAGAAAAGCCAUAACUCAACUUCUCGUGGCACUGGAGGAAAAUGCUUUUCUCUUGGCUAAUUCCUUUGCAGAAGAGCGGAGGAUCAUCAUUUCGAAGGAUCAUAUCUUGACUUCGGUGCAAGCGAUCUCGGCACAUAACUUUCAAGAUGCUGUAUUCCCCGGAGAAUACGAAGUGCAAUUCUGGAGUCACGAUCCAUACGUGUCGAUUCGACUCCCAGCUCAAGCACUUCUCCGCCAUUCCCGAUCGGGACUCACCAAACUCGUGUUCUUCCUCUAUGACGGGUUGGAAGAGAUCCUCCAAGGAUCCGAAGCACAGAAGCAGAUGGGAAACGGGAAGCACGGGAGUCCUCUGGUGCUGAAUAGCAAGGUGGUCUCCGCAUCCCUCGGAGAGGGGAGACACAUCGAGCUUCCCGAACCGGCCACCAUCGUCUUCACGCACCUGCGUCAGAAUGCCACGCACCCGUCUUGUGUCUUCUGGGAUUAUACUCAGAGCUGGUGGUCGGAUGAAGGGUGCCGAGUGGUGACGGGGAAUGCCACUCAUACCGAGUGUGAAUGCAAUCACCUGACCAACUUUGCCCUGCUCAUGGAGCCAGUACCAGAAUCACCGCUCGAGAGUCCCAACACUUCCCUGAACGUGAUGCUCAUUAUUGGAUGUGUAGUCACCUGCCUCUGCCUGGGAUUUGCCGUCGCUUCCUUUUGGGUCUUCCGCUCGCUCAGAAGCAAUGAUACUGCCAUCUACCAAAACCUGUGCAUUUGCACCUUGGUCGUGGAGAUCUUGUUUGUGUCUGGAGGGAGAGGAACAGGGAACGUAGCUGCAUGCAGCACGGUUGCUGGUCUUCUCCAUUUCUUCUUCCUCUGUGUUUUCUUCUGGAUGUUCUUUCUUGCCUUCAACCUGUACCUGGCAGUGGUUCGAUCUCCAGUCUCUGAGAAGUCUCAUCUCAAGUGGUUCUAUGCCAUUUCAUAUGCCUGCCCUGCUUUGAUCGUGGCCAUCUCAUGCAUCGUCGAUCCCAGCAGCUACGGAACUGCAUCUCACUGUUGGCUCCGGGCUGAUAAUUAUUUCAUCUUCAGCUUCAUUGGACCUCUCAUCUUCGUGCUUGUGGCCACAAUUGCAGCUCUAGGACUGUCCACCUACUCCAUCUGUUCAGAAGAAUAUGAAAAGAGUGGAAUGCCAAGCAAGAUGGAGAUGCACAGACCCCAGCUGAGAAAUACCUACAUCCUGUUUAUGCUCUUAUCACUCACAUGGACAUUUGGACUGGUCUAUCUCUAUCAAGAAUCGCCAGUGAUAGUUUCCCUUUUCACAGCUCUUAACAUCCUCCUUGGAAUUUAUCUCUGCCUCAUCACAUGUGCUUGCAAUGAAGCUGUGCAGAGCAAGUACCGAGACUGGGCUCAGUACAGUGAAUGCCUCCCACUGUGCUUCAAUGGAUCUGGUGACAAAGAAAAGCCUUAUCUGGCCAAUAAUACAGCUCUGCAACGUGUUCACACUCAGCCUCUAGGAACCAUGCCCCCUGGAGCUGCCCCUAUCCUCAGUCUUGACAACUCCCAUCUGAUUGCAUACCCAGUGAUAGCAGGAUGCAACACCCUGCCUCACACCCCAUGUGCCCGCAUCACGGUGAAUCAGCUAGAGAGUGUUCUUCAUGGUGUGCCAGUCUCACACCCACAGGUCAUCGAGACCGAGGAAUACUCGACCAAGAGCCUCGGACACGACUCUGGACACGGGAGUUCGGAACAGGAAGAUUCUCCCCACCUGCAUACAUGCACAGGAAGCCUGAGACAUGGCACAAACAAUUGGCGUAUGGUCUACGGCACGGCUCAUCAUCCCCACCAUCAUCACCUUUUGCAUCAUCACCACCCCAGGGCUCCCUCAGAUGAUUCUGGUUGCUUCAUCCAAUGGCCUCAAGUGGAUCCAAAGUUGUCACGACAAGGAGCAAGGCAGAGAGGUCUCAUUCAUGUUGACCAGCAUGGCAGAAGGCAUCUCUAUGUGCCAAAAAAUCACAUGCAUCGAGCAGGAAGUCCUUGGAACCACACGUACACAGAGAUCGACCUGAACCGAGAGAAUGAUCCCGUCUAUGCUGAGAUCGACCAUCAGCAGCUGCAACAGCAGAGACUCGCCGAGCUGAGCGACCUGAGCAACGUCAGUCGACAAUCGUCUCGAAGCUGUAGUGAUCACAAGCCCCUCAUCCCUGUAUCUCAUCAUGAAUGCAACCUGGUGGAUACCAUCAGUUAUGCCAUGGGGUCACCCAAGCUCAAGAGCAAUGGAGGGAAGCAGCAUCAAAGCUGCUUGAACAACAUUGUGCUCAAUCAGAGUCCCAAUCACAUGUCAUCUCCUUUGGAACUGCCUGCAGGCAUGACGUCUGCUCAGAUGGUCAGUCAAAUCUGACUAGAAGCAGGAAGAGACAGACUUGUGUGACCCUGACCAUGCCAAUCGUGAUAGGAACUUGUGAGAAGACUGUGAUAACUCUUUUCUGUUUUUCAUUGCCUCAUAAUUUUUUAAUAAUUCCUUUUACCUCCAGCAGAAACUCCACUUUCCAUGAAUCAUGGAGACUGUGAUUGUGUGCUUGCAUGGAAAAAGUGACAGAGCAUGUGUUUCUGUUCUGGUGCCACGGGCUACCUUAUUCCUUUGUUUUUUUUUUAUUUUUAAUAAGUUAUUCAGUGAAUGAUGAGUAUCUCAUGUGUGUUGUACACUAGUCAAAUGUUAUACUUUGUGCGGGA